AUGGCCAGCGUCGCCCUCGCUCGCGCCUACCAACAGUCCUUCGAACAUCACCCGUACAUCACCCUCGCUUUCACCAACGGCAUCCUUAACGCCCUAGGAGACGCUGUCGCACAACUCACGCAGAGAUUGACCAAUGAACGCCCGGCCAACCGCAGAUACAGCGACACUCAAUAUGACUUGCUCAGAACGGCCCGCUUCUUUGUCUUUGGGUUCGGAAUGGGCCCAUUAAUCGGUCGCUGGAACCUCUUGCUCGAACAGCACUUUCCCUUGCGCACACUAGGGGGUUCCAAAGGAAAAGUUAGUCUCAAAGCCCUCGCCCGUCGAGUAGGCGCUGAUCAGCUCUUCAUGGCACCUAUUGGGCUUGGACUCUUCAUCGGUUCCAUGGGCGCAAUGGAGGGACGAGAUGCCAACCAUAUCGCAGGACGGUUCAAAGACAUAUAUAAGCCAGCUCUCAUUGCGAACUGGCAGGUAUGGCCUCUCGCUCAGCUGGUGAACUUCCGCUUCAUGCCUCUACCCUAUCGAGUGCCGUUCCAGUCCACAUGCGGAGUCUUCUGGACGUUGUACUUGUCUCGGCUCAACGCCCAGGAGUCUGAAGCUCAAGAGAGGCGAGACGCUAUGCAGCGUAAUCCCCUCAAACGCAUCACCCUGUCGUGA